CACUUGGUGUCAACAAGCUGAGCAGAAAAGAGGCGACAGAAGCGGUCUCCCCCUCUCUGCCUACAGUAUGAAGCUGCUUUUACUUCUACAACUGGGCUGUCUGUGUCACGCUUUGAAAAAGCCAUCCACUCAAACAGACUCAAACUGGUCUCCAUGUGACAGCAGAUGGAAAUAAUACAAGCGGAAGAGUACAAGAGCAAUUCAGCAGUAAGCCGCAUUAUUUCUGCCCUGUAAAUGUAUUGUUCAGGAUGAUAAUCUUUACCUCUCACACAAACAAACACAGUAGUUAAAUAACCGUUUGUACUACAACCUUUCUGUUCAGAACUGGAAUAAACACGUAAUGCGGAGACGGCAUGAAUAUUCUAGCUCUUUUUAUCACAGGAUGUGGGGUGGCCCCCUUCUCAAACGCAUGAUCUUGGUGAAUUUUGCAGGUGCAAAUUGUGAAAUAGCAAAGCAGCGUCUCUCCUACGCAGGCACUGGUAGUUUCUGUGUGGCUUUAUGAUCAACUGCACGACCUCAGCUGCGCCUUGUUGUGCCAGAAACAUCUCAUUCCCACGCGGGUUACGUUCACCAGCGAGCACUCACGUCUCACGCGUUGUAGUUUGAGUUAUCUGAUGACAUGUGUUUUGUGUCAUAUUAAAAUGUAUACAUUUAAAACAAUAAGGAUUAAAGAUGGGGAAAAAAUUGAAUGAAAUCCGUCUAUAUUUACUAAUUUAUUCAUCACAUAUUUUAUUUUUUGAUUCAAGCUAUUUUGACAAAAAAAGGUUUAAAAUGACCUCUCAUCUUAUGAGGAGGGAGCCUGAAAGACGUAUGAAAUAAAUACCCUUAUUUUGCAGCAUGUUUUUUGACGCCAAUCACAUUUAAAAAGAUCUGACUCAGAAAUGGAUGGUAAAAACACGAGGUUCAGUCAUUCAUUAUAAACGUAUGGCCGAAAAGUACUUAGGAAUCGGCAAUCAAAAUAUAAACAAUAUUGUAUUUUCAAAGUGUGAAUAAUUAGUAGUAGAUUUAUAUGAUUUAUUACUGUCAGUAAACAUCAAUUGUACAAAUCUGGCUUUUUAUUUAUAAGCAACACGAGACACAUUUGACAUGUUGAAAUAAACCCACUGUUUGCUGUUUUGGCAAAUACGGUAACUGAGCUUUUAAAGAAACACAACUACAUAUAUGUGCCGCAUUAUUAAAGAUUUACUUCUGUAGAAGAAAGUCAGAAGAGAAAAAGCUGAACGUAUUAAAGAACUGACCAGAAUAAGAGCAUUAUACUUGCUACCUUUGAGUUCUACUGUAAUAAUCAGCACAUACGUGUGUGUAUGUUAUUCUGCGUGUCCUCAGGUGUCCCUUACAUCCACAAACUCGCUGGUAAAUGCAGCUUCUCGCUGAGGAUGCCUGGAAACAGUGAUGUGGCUGCAUUGCCAGCGGACUCUACAGAUGUGCUCCUAGAACAGAUGUGUCGGGAUCUGGAUUGCGGCAGCAUCUAUGCAGUGAACGGAACCAACUCUCCUCCCAAUGCCACCUGCUUUCACGGCUGUUUGUACCGAGACGGUCGUUUGCACAACUGCUCAGAGAGUGUCGGAGGCAACUGCACUGGGGUCGCUGAAGUAAUCUGUGGCCACCAGGCGGUCCGGCUGGCGGCGGGGGCGGACCGCUGCGCCGGCCGGGUGGAGCUGUGGGCCGACGGGCGCUGGGGCACCGUGUGCGACGAUCAGUGGGACCUGCGGGACGCCCACGUCGUGUGCGGCCAGCUCGGCUGCGGUUACGCCCUCAGUGUGGCGGGCCAGGGAGGCCCCUUCCCGCCGGGCAGAGGACCGAUCCACCUGGACGAGCUGAACUGCACCGGCCGCGAGGAGAACCUGUGGAGCUGCCCGGCCGCGCAGGGCGAGCAAGACUGCGGACACAAAGAGGACGCCGGGGUCGUGUGCUCGGAGAGGAGAGCGGUCAGACUGACCGGAGGUUCGGACCGUUGCUCUGGAAAGGUGGAGGUCCACCGCAAUGGCAGCUGGGGAAACGUGUGCGACAACUGCUGGAACAAGCAGCUGGCCUCCAUGGUGUGCUCCAUGCUGGGCUGCGGUACCGAGCCGCUGAAGUUCUCCCAGUUUCUUCCUCCUCUCGUCUUCAACGACGGGCCGCAGUGGUUCUAUCAAUGCGAUCAGAACACGCAGAGUCUGUGGGAGUGCAAAGAGACGGUCAACUCGGCAAACCUGUGCGUGACCUCUAAGGCAUCCGGGGUCAUCUGCAACGGUUCCCUUGGGUUUCAUGCUGCCACCACACCAACUAUGACUAAUGUAGCCGUAGCAACCACGCUGACGACCGGAGCCCCCUCAUUGGUUCCCUCUGAAGGCUUACGGGCUUACGGGCUCCUCGGCACCGUCGCUCUGGCUCUUCUUCUCGUCGUGGUUCUCAUCACAAACUCUGUGAUCUGCUGCCAUUACAGACGACGACACGCCAUGUUGCUCCAGCAGACUCACGCCAGCCCACGACCGAGCGCCGAACAUCACAACAGCUACCAAUGCGCCGUCGACCUCGUCAAGGUCACCGCCAACCCAGUGCAGACGGAAGAAGUUCCCCCAAACACCAGGUAUAUUUGGACCCAGCUUAGUAGCGCUGAAAGCACGUCAAUAGAUACAGACUAUGAGCAGUAUGAGCAAAGCGAUGAGAAGCCUGUCCCUUUAUCAACCUUUCGGAAUUCUCGGCGGUACAGAGCAGACGUAAACCCUCUGACGAGCCUCGAAGGCCUCUGCGAGGAAUGUCCUGAACCCACGGAGGAGUUGAUGGCAGUUCCAGAGGCUCAAUAUACCACAGUGUCAAAGAGCUCCCGGGACUCAUUCAGUACCUCCAGCACCUCCUCUGGGGAAUGCUACGAAAACACUAAGAACUAUGUGAUGGUCCUCCCAGAUCCAGGGCUGGGCCAGUCGUCUGCUGUCUACGACGUCUUCAGCCCUGCAGAUCUCACUCCCAGCGAAGGUCCAGUGCACCCCGGGCAAACCACCAACCUGCAGAAUUCAGGUGACGAAGACGACGGCCCCAUCUACUCUCCCGUUAGCCCGGAUCAAGACUCCUCUUCUGAGGACGACUACGAUGACAUUGGCUCCUUGCAGUAACCACGGGAGGUACCCAGCAUGUUGGACUGUAAACGUGUACUGAAGAACCCGAUGAGAACCUGAACCUUGACCCCGAUCUGACUGAUUUGUGACCUGCAUUAUGAUAACCACUGUUUCCUGUUAUUUAAGUUACGAACCACGUGUGAUUGGAAACAUACUGCAGCCUUUUUUCACAAGCAAAAACUGUUUGAAAGCCCUUAAAUAGAUAAUUCAUGGAUGCUCAGACAUUUCACAGUGAGAUCCCAUCGACUGUUUGCGAAGGAAAACAUUUCUGUCCUGAAUCUAACCCCGGAGAAAAAAUGAGAAGCAAAUCUGGAUGUUUUGAAAAUGACGAUAUGUGAUUUGCGUUGAAAGGUGAGAGCGCUCUCUCUAAUGCGCCACAUCCGAGCAGUUCCUGCUUUCAGAUGCUUCGCUGUACAGAUAGAAUUUGACAAAAACAAAUUCAACAAAAUGUUCCCUUCGAAGGACAGACGACUACCAGAAGACUGAGAAGCUUUGCCACAUUUAACAGUGGUCUGAAUGUGUUGGCGACUGUAAUAGAUGUGUGUUUUUUAUUGGUAUUAUUUAACUAAUGUAUCUGCAGAGAGGUUUGUACUCGUAUGUGUCCAAUCAAUCAAUGUGCUAGUCUUUGCUUUGUAUAUUCCUGUGACGAUCAGUACGUACAAACUGCACAAAAGUAUGCGGACUUCAAAAUGACCUCAAAGUUAGAAGCACACUACUCUUUAAACAACAUAACUGUUGUUGCCGUAGUAAUGACAUUUCCCAACAGCAUGUAAGUGUCCUUGUACGUUUUAAUUGCAGCACAUCGCCACAAGGUGGCAGCAUGAGCCUGUGGAUAACCAAAGGAUCCGUAAACACCCUGAAACCACAAACAAACAUGUAAUCCGUCCAAUAUUUGCCCAAUAAACGUUGUCCGAGCCUUUCA